UUUGAUUAUAUCAGUUCCUUCUCGGAACUCUCUCUCUCUCUCAGUUUCUCCCCCCCCUCUCUCCCUGCAACAGCAAUGCCGGCGGCGAUGGCGAUGGCGAUGGUGAUGUGGCUUCUUCUUCUUGUAUCAGCCCUCUUCACCUCUUCCGCAGCAAAUGUACACACGACAGUGAGAGUGGCAGAUAACCCAGCAGACCAGCUUGUUUCUGCACUUGACAGUAAUAGAACUGCCCACAAAAGUUCACAUCUCUCAGACAACCCGGGCCUGGCAUGCAUCGCCCUGCAGUACAUCAAAGCUUAUCAAGGCAAUUGCGAUAAAGUGGGAGGACCUGAUGCUGAGAGGCCACCGGAUUCUGCAUUCGCCGAAACUUUUGCCCCAAACUGUGGCGUUUCGGUCUCUACUCUCUCUCCAAUCACCGGCCGAUUACUGGGCUGCCAGUCCAAGUACGUCAGCCCUUCAGAAGCGUUCUCAGGAAUUCUGAUGAAAAACGGCAAGAGCUUGGACAUACUCUACGACAAGAACCACACUGAAGUUGGGGCUGCUGUGAGUGCCUCCGAUGGCGGGGCUCCCUAUUUCUGGUGCAUCCUGUUCAGCAACGGCAAGACCAACAGCAGCUUUGUGUUGGAGGGCGGUGUCGCGAAGGUGACCCGGCCCGGCUGUUUCAGCGGUGCCAACGACGAAUGCAAUGGCGCCGAUGAUUUGUCGAGAAUUCCUCGCUUCUGGGUGAUUGCUGCCGGUGCUGUAGUUGCUAUCUCUUAUGCUUUCGGUUUCGGGCUAUGAAAAAAUGGUUCAUUGUCAACUUUGCUUCUCCUCGUGGUUUUCUGUAUUUGUAUUCAAUUUUUACUGUGAGAAUAUGAAACAUCUCCCACCAUAUAUCUUUGUUUCCUUUCAUUUUUGAGUUUCAGAAUACAAAAACAGUAACGUAUACGUCAAAGCUA